GCAAAGGGACUACUAACACCUAAAUUGUUCUAAAAUUAUUAAAUUAACAUGACUGAUACGGACUUGCAAUAUGCUCGAGGCGGUGCUCAAUUCACCCAAGAACUAUUUAAACAAUUGGAGGUGACCACUACCAAAAAGAAUACCAUCUUUUCACCCUUCUCCAUUCGAACUUGCAUGGCUAUAGUAUUUGCGGGAGCAAAGGGUGAAACUGCCGAAGAAAUAGCCCAGGUAAUGAAAUAUGUCUCCAACUCUUCCGAUGAAGUUGCUGCCUCUUUCGAAAAUAUCCUGCAAAAAUACCACAAAAAUGAUUUACUGAAAAUAGCCAAUAAAGUUUAUUUACAAAAAGAAUCCAAAUUACGGGAUGAGUAUGCCAAUAUAACAAAAGAUAAAUAUAAUGCCAGUGCUGAGCUCAUAGACUUUGCUGAAAGCCAAGAGGCCACCAAAACAAUUAAUGACUGGGUGGAGGAAAAGACCGCCGGUAAAAUAACGAAUUUGAUAAAGGAGGGUAUUUUAGAUGCCUCCACUCGUUUGGUACUCUUGAAUGCUCUACACUUCAAAGGUGAAUGGUGUAAGAAAUUCGAUGAGGCCAAAACCUCAGAGGAAGAUUUUUGGAUAAGCGCCGAAGAAUCGAUUAAACUGCCAUACAUGACUCAAAAGACCGCUUUCCGUUAUGGUGAGUUCGACCAAUACAAUUGUGUAGCUUUGGAAAUGCCUUAUAAGGAUUCUGAUUUGAGUUUGUUUGCUCUGUUGCCCGACAAACGUGAUGGCUUAAAGGAUUUGGCAGAAAACUUGAAAGAUGUAAAUUUGUUGGAUUUGUCAAAGGAAAUGUGUGAAAGAAAAAAUGUCCAGGUUAUGUUUCCAAAGUUUAAAAUUGAAUAUUCGCUUGAUCUGGCAAAGACUUUGCAAAAGAUGGGCAUUAAAAAAGCUUUUGGAAAUGAUGCAGAUCUCAGCAAUAUGCUGGACCCCGCUGAAGGCAUUUCCCUAAGCAAUGUUAUACACAAGGCCUCUAUAGAGGUGAACGAGGAAGGUUGUGAGGCAGCUGCUUCCACGGCAGGAGUUAUAAGGAAACGUUGCGCACCCAUUGUAUAUGAAUUUGUAGCGGAUCAUCCAUUCCUCUAUUGGAUAUGGGAUAAACAGACUAUUUUGUUUGCAGGAGCUUUUGUGAAUGCUCCCAAUUAAGUUUAAGGGGCGUUUUUGUACAAAAAAAAAAUAAACAAAAUGAAAAUAUGCAAAAUAAUAUAAAAUAAUAUUGAAUAAAACGAAAUAAAAUUCAUUUUUAA